CCGCCGACCAGGUGCGUCGCGGUGUAACAGAGUAUGUGCGCGAGAUGGACGAGGGCUUGUCCCAGGAGCACACCACCCUUAGCCAGAUCCCAACCUUUGUCACCUCUGUACCCAAUGGCACGGAAAAGGUAAGAGAAUCAGGCGCCUCUUCCCAACCCGAAGGGAUCCGGAUCACAACAGCUGACCCAAAGACGUGACAGGGAUUGUAUUUGGCUGUUGAUCUUGGCGGAACCAACUUCCGUGUUUGCUCCAUUGACCUCCAUGGAGACACCACCUUUUCCUUGACCCAGUCUAAGAUCAUGAUCCCCCGGGAGACCAUGUCGUCCGGCACCGCCAAGGAUCUUUUCCUCUUCUUGGCACGUCAGAUCGAGUCGUUCCUGCGUAUUCACCACAACGAGCACUUUGAGGCACACCUUCGGCGCCAUAAUCAGAGGAAGGACAACUCCGAGGAAGCCCUCUUCGACCUCGGUUUCACCUUCUCUUUCCCUGUUCGUCAGCUGGGCAUCAACAAGGGUACCCUGAUCCGCUGGACCAAGGGUUUCGAUAUCCCCGACGCUGUGGGCCAGGAUGUCUGCGCGCUGCUGCAGAGCGCCAUUGAUGAUUUGGAUCUCCCCGUGCGGGUGGCUGCCCUGGUCAACGACACUGUGGGGACCUUGAUGGCUCGUUCCUACACCUCCCCCGGUGCCACCGGUACUUUCCUCGGCGCCAUCUUCGGCACGGGCACCAACGGCGCCUAUGUCGAGAAGCUAGACCGCAUCACCAAGAUGCAGACCAUUGAGCACUCGUCGUAUGACAAGUCGACCGGUGAAAUGAUUAUCAACGCCGAGUGGGGUAGCUUUGACAACCACCUGAGCGUCCUUCCCAACACUGUCUAUGACCAGCAGUUGGACGCGGACAGCAACAACCCUGGCGUGCAGAUGUUCGAGAAGCGCGUCUCCGGUAUGUUCUUGGGUGAAAUUCUGCGCCGUGUCAUGCUGGACAUGCACCGCAACGAGUCUCUGGGCUUCCUCAAGUCGAGCGCCGUCUCUGUUCCGAAGGAGUCGUCCCUCUUCCGCCAGUGGGGCAUUGACACCAGUUUGUUGAGCUUGGUUGAGGCCGAUAAGACCGAGAACCUGGAUCAGAUCAAGACGGCCCUGAAGGACCACCUGAGGAUCGAAAACCCCAGCAACGACGAUUGCAAAGCCAUCCAGACCGUGGUACAUGCCAUUGGCAAGCGUGCCGCCCGCCUGGCUGCCGUGCCUCUGGCGGCUGUCCUUCACUCCACUGGCAAGCUCCAGUCGGAGGAUCUGGUGGAUAUUGGUGUUGAUGGUAGCUUGGUCGAGUUCUACCCCAACUUCGAAGGUCACAUGCGGGAUGCGCUCCGCGAGGUUCCUGAGGUGGGCGAGGCUGGUAACAAGAAGAUCCGCAUUGGCAUUUCCAAGGAUGGCAGUGGUGUCGGCGCUGCUCUGAUCGCUCUAGUGGCCAGCAAGGAGGAUGCCAAGAAGCCCAACACCAGCGGCCUGCGGGGCCAUUGAUGGGGGAGUGAUCUGAUGUUUCUGCUGGUUUUGCACUAUUGCUUCAGCUUUUGUUGAAUUGAGCGGCCUUUUGCUAGGAUUUCAGGCUGUGACGCCGAGUCAGGACUCGGGCUUGUACCGGAAUGGCUGAAAAUCCGCAUGGAUCAGGUGUUGGCAGAGCGGCUGGGAUGAAGGGAGGUGCUGGAUACACUAUCAUGUUUUACGGCGUUGCACAACUGUUUGAUUGGCAUACUUGUGAAUAUAUCCUAGGUUUACUGGUUGGGAAUAACAAAUUCAGCUCUGCUUUACUUUUACUGUUGCUACAAAUGGUCAACAGUACAGAUUGGCUUGCUCAGUGGUUCAGGCUGCAGUACGUUGGGG